AAAACCCAAAACCUUCCUUUUUUUCUCUUCUCCAUUAAAACAACACCAAGUUUUUCGACCCUUUUGAGCCAUUCUUUUCAAUGGGUCGAAAAAGAAGCAAUAAUGAAGAUGGAGAAAGGGAAAACGAGGAAGAGAAGCCCAUUAAAAGGGUUAAAGAAAACAAUGAAAUAAGAGAAAGUAUGCGUCCUUCAAUGAUUAAGAAUAAGGAAAAAAGAUCAGCUGUACAUGCUAAGUUGAAACAACAAAAGAAGGUUGAUAAGAGGAAGAAAGUUAAAGCUCGUGAAGCUGCUGAGAAAAAAGCACUUGAGCUAGGUGAAGAGCCUCCACCAAAGAUGGUACCCAGAACGAUUGAGAAUACAAGGGAGUCAGAUGAGACUGUCUGUUUACCUGAUGAUGAAGAGCUAUUUGCUGGCAACGAUGUUGAUGAAUUUAGUGCAGUUCUGAGGAAGGAGCGUACUCCGAAAGUAUUGAUUACAACAUCCCGUUACAACUCUACAAGAGGACCAGCAUUUAUUUCCGAUCUUAUUUCUGUGAUUCCUAAUGCUCAUUACUACAAACGAGGGACUUAUGACCUAAAAAAGAUUGUCCAAUAUGCAAAUGAGAAGGAAUUUACUUCUGUUAUUGUAGUCCACACCAAUCGCCGUGAACCAGAUGCUCUUCUCGUCAUUGGUUUACCUGAUGGACCUACUGCUCAUUUCAAGCUCUCAAAGCUCAUGCUACGUAAGGAUAUCAAGAAUCAUGGAAAGCCAACUAGUCACAAGCCUGAGCUAGUUUUGACCAACUUCACGACACGUUUGGGGCAUCGAGUUGGGAGGAUGAUACAGUCACUUUUUCCACAAGACCCCGAAUUUCGUGGCCGUCGAGUUGUGACCUUUCACAACCAACGUGAUUUCAUAUUCUUUCGCCAUCAUCGCUACAUUUUUGAAACCAAAGAGAGCAAACAAAAAGAAUCCAAAGGUAAAAAAAGCAAGGAUGAGAAGAAACCACAAGAAAGGACAAUUGCCCGUCUGCAGGAAUGUGGUCCUCGAUUUACUCUCAAAUUAAUCAGUCUUCAACAUGGUACUUUUGAUACAAAGGGUGGGGAAUAUGAAUGGGUUCACAAGCCGGAGAUGGAUACAAGUCGACGGAGAUUUUUCUUGUGAUAAUGUUGGAUCUUUCUGCUAUUGAAAUUUCAAGCUCUUUGUAUCCGAACCAGGUAAAAGAAGAAUAUCAACUAUGUGAGGCAGAAGUCAACUAUGAAAAUUUUGCUGUCUUUUCUUUACUAUUUUUGUUGGCUGGGGGCUCUUUUGUAAUGGACGAUCCUACAGUAAUUUAUUAGUUAUGAAUGUUGGGUAUUAA